AUUUUAUGCAUGUAGUAAGGAUUUACCUUUGAGUAAAAGCAUAAACAGAAGUUUUGGUCACUUGCUGCCACCCCCUGGUGUCUACUUUGAUUUUGAUAAAGCCCAAUUCAGCUCAGCCUAGUUUACUAAGGAACAGAGGAUGACUGAUGAGUACAUUUUGGUUUGCCAAGAUCUAGGGUCUUUAAAAUUUCCUGAAGCUGUCAAGGAGUUAGGAUUAGGGGACCUGAAUUUUCUUCAUUAGGCAUUUCUAAUUAGUAGCAUUGUAAGAAGAUGUUGUUUAAGUAAUGAUUAGUAAAGAGGGAUUGUAAAAUUAAGAUGCCAGCUUCCCUGUUGGCUCAGUGGUAAAGAAUCCACUGCCUGCCAAUGUGGGAGAAGUGGGUUUGAUCCUUGGGUCAGGAAGAUCCCUGGAGAAGGAAAUGGCUACCACUCCCAGUAUUCUUGCCUGGGAAAUCCCAUGGACAGAGGAAUCUGGUGGGCUAUAGUCUACAGGGUCCUGAAAGAGUUGGACAGGACUUAAUGACUAAACAACAACAAUAUUUGCUAAUAAAAUGAAAGACUGUUGUUUUCUUCUAGAAACUGUCAGCAUAAUAUCCCUUAUUUCCUGGUAAUCAUUCAUUACUGCAUUUUAAUUUGUUUAGUCGAUAAGUCAUAUCCAACUCUUUUGUGACUUCAUGGACUGUAGCUUGCCAGGCUCCUCUUUCCAUGGGAUUCAGUAGGCAAGAAGACUGGAUUGGGUUGCCUUCUUCAGGAGAUCUUCCCAGCCCAGAGAUGGAGCGCCAGUCUCCUGCCUUGCAGGUGGAUUCUUGACUGCUGAGCCACCAUUAGCAAAUAUAUGACUGCUUAACUUGGGCGGUGACUCAAUGGGGUUCAGCAGAAAUAUUUGGUGGUUACCUGCAACUAUGAAGCUAGGAAACUUGGAGUUAAGAAACUUAUGAGUGUCAGAGAUGCAAAAGAAAAGUGUCCACAGCUGGUACUAGUUAAUGGAGAAGACCUGACUCGUUACAGAGAGAUGUCAUACAAGGUUACAGAGUUGUUGGAAGAAUUUAGUCCAGUUGUUGAGAGACUUGGGUUUGAUGAAAACUUUGUGGAUCUAACAGAAAUGGUUGAGAAGAGACUAGAGCAGCUUCAAAGUGAUGAAUUCUCAGCACUGACUGUGUCGGGUCAUGUAUACAAUAAUCAACCUGUAAACCCACGUGACACGUCGCACAUCAGACUCCUUGUUGGAUCUCAGAUUGCGGCCGAGAUGCGGGAAGCCAUGUAUCAUCAGCUGGGUCUCACUGGCUGUGCUGGGGUGGCAUCUAAUAAAUUAUUGGCAAAAUUAGUUUCUGGCGUCUUUAAACCAAAUCAACAAACAGUCUUACUACCUGAAAGUUCUCAAGAUCUCAUUCAUAGUUUGAACCACAUAAAGGAAAUGCCUGGUAUUGGCUACAAAACGACCAAACGUCUGGAAGCACUGGGUAUCAGUAGCGUGCGUGAUCUUCAGACCUUUUCAUCCAAAAUAUUAGAAAAGGAAUUAGGAAUUUCAGUUGCUCAGCGGAUCCAGAAGCUCAGUUUUGGAGAGGAUGACUCUCCUGUGACUCCCUCAGGACCACCUCAGUCCUUUAGUGAGGAAGAUUCAUUUAAAAAAUGUUCAUCAGAAGUUGAAGUUAAAACUAAGAUUGAAGAACUACUUGCUAGUCUUUUGAACAGAGUCUGCCAAGAUGGAAGGAAGCCACAUACAGUAAGAUUAAUAAUCCGUCGGUAUUCAUCUGAGAAGCACUAUAACCGUGAGAGUCGUCAGUGCCCAAUUCCAUCCCACAUAAUUCAGAAGUUAGGGGCAGGAAAUUAUGAUGUGAUGACCCCAAUGGUUGAUAUCCUUAUGAAACUUUUUCGAAAUAUGGUGAAUGUGAAGAUGCCAUUUCAUCUUACCCUAUUAAGUGUGUGCUUCUGCAACCUUAAAUCCCUAAAUACUGCUAAGAAAGGGACUAUUGAUUAUUAUUUAACACCUUCAUUAUCAACAACUUCACAUGCUGGAAAGCGCAGUUUUAAAAUGAAAGACUGUCAUAUGGAGGAUUUUUCUAAAGACAAGGAAACAAAUCGGGAUUUUCUACCAACUGGAAGGAUUGAAAGUACAAGAACUGGGGAGUCUCCACCAGAUCCCACAAAUUCUUCUAAAGAAAAAGACAGUAAUGAAUUUCCCCUCUCCUCACUUCCUGAGGAUAUUGACCAAGAAGUCUUUAAGCAACUUCCUGUAGAUAUUCAAGAAGAAAUCCUUUCUGGAAAAUCUCGAGAAAAAGUUCAAGGAAAAGGAAGUUUGAGUUGUCCAUUACGUGCUUCUCGAGGAGUAUUGUCUUUCUUUUCUAUGAAACAAAAGCAGGAUCGUUCCUUAAACCCUAAAGAUCAUGCACCCAAAAGCACACAGGUCUCUGUAUCUCCCUGUGAGCCAGGGACAUCAGGCGGUCGCAGUUCCUCUUACGCGUCUAGCCAGAAGGAUUAUUCACAUUAUUUAGACAGCAGCUUAAAAGAUGAACGAAUGAGUCAAGGACCUAAAGAAUCUCAAGGAUUCCACUUUUCAAAUACAAACCCUGCUGUCUCUGUUUUCCAUUCAUUUCCAAAUUUGCAGAGUGAGCAACUUUUCUCCAAAAGCCGUACCACAGACAGCCAUAAGCAACCAGUGCCAACAGUCUCUCGUCAUGAAGAACUUAAAGAAAGUAGAGAGCAAGAGUCUCCCGAUGAGAAAACGACUUUUCCUUCUGACAUUGAUCCUGAAGUUUUCUAUGAACUGCCGGGAGAGGUACAAAAAGAGCUGUUGGCUGAUUGGAAGAGAACAGGGUCAGAUUUCCACACUGGACAUAAAUGAGCAUGCUCCACAAAAGGGAAAGACGGUUGUUCUCAGAUUAGCAGUUUAUUAAGCUCUUCUGAAUUAAACACUAAUACUUUCAAUAAUGUAGAAACAUAAUAUGAAAUGUUCCAGAUAAAGCAAACAUAGUUAUGGGAAAAAAUUCUGGCACAAAGCAUAAAAAUAUAACAGAAAUAAUGUAAAAUAUUACCUUCCUCUCAUUCCUAACGUGUUUUAUAUUGCUUUUCAAUAAAAAGAAUAUCAUGA